GGCACCCGCGCAGCCGGGGUCGCAGGGGCAGCCCCGACGAAUCCUCAGCCACGCCAAGGAGAGGUCGCUCAGGACCCCGGGUUGGGGCAAGGAACACCCGAUCUGGACGCUAAGCUCCUGAAGGCGGCGAGUGACGGGGACCUCCAGGGAGUGAGGUUCUGGUUGAGCGCAGGAGCCAGCGUAGAGGCGGCUAGCUCAGCGAUGGGCGAGGAGAGAGGGCUUCGGCCGCUCCACCUGGCAGCGUGGGCGGGGCACGUGGGCGUCGUUCGUGAGCUUCUUAGUCGAGACGCCGAUUUCAAAGCAAGGGGACGAGAAGGAUACUCCGCUAUCCACUAUGCUGCUAAAGGAGGCCACAUCGACGUGCUGCGGAUCCUUCACGAGAAGAAGUGCAACAUGAAAGCCAAAACAGACAGUGGGCAGACGAUCCUUCACGUGGCAGCUGACAACGGGAACCUAAAGGCCUUCAAAUGGAUAGCGGAAAACACAGACAUUGACCACAACACCACGAACAACGAAGGCAAAACAGCUUUGGAUGUGGCUCAGAAUGGGAGGCAGAAGAGCAUAGUCACUUACCUGCUGAAGAUUCCAGAGCAAGAGGCAUUCCAAAAAGGAGAUAUGAGUAAAGUGAGAGACCUUUUGACCGACGGGUUCGACGUCAACACUGUGUUUCAGGAGAAGAAAAAGAAAGAGUGCCGCCCACUUCACCUCGCUGCCGAUGGAGGCCACGCAGAAAUCGUGAAGAUUCUCCUUCAAAGGGGAGCUGAUAAGGAAGCUAAUAAUUACGAAGGCAUGACGCCGCUCCACCUGGCGUCCUGGGGAGGGCACGCAGAGGUCAUCAAGGUCCUGCUUGGUGCAGGCGCGAACGGAGAUGCGCGGACCAAGGAAGGCAUGACGGCGGUCCACCUGGCGAGUAUGGGCGGCCACGUGUCUUCGAUAGAGGAACUGGCGACCAGGUGUGACAUCCUUACAUCAACUCGCGAAGGGAAGUCUGCGCUCCACCUGGCGGCCGAGUACGGAAACUUAGGCGCUGUCCAAUGGCUGCAUCUGCAAGGGCUCGACGUUUCUUUGAAGGAUCGUUCAGGCCAGACUCCUUUGCAGUUAGCGAAGGACGAGGGACACAAGAAGGUGGUGGAAUUCCUGCUGCGUCAUGAUCAACAGACCCUCAACCGGAAUGGAGUAGAGUUGCACAGGGCCGUUGCAGCAGGAAACUUGGGCGAAGUGAGAAGAAUUCUUGACCUCGGCGCAAACCUCAACCUCCAGAGCGCCGUGGACGGAGAUGAUGGCCGCCAACCCCUGCACACAGCCGCUCUCCUUGGCCACACGGACAUUCUGCGGGAACUCCUGAGGGCUGGAGCCGACAAGGACGGGAGAGACAGACGGGGCAACACUGUAGUGCGCUAUGCAGCGGUUCACGAAGAUCCCCACUUGCUGCGCAUCUUACAAAUGGAGAACGUGGAUGUGGCAACUGCUGUGAACUUCAGCGGUGAAACCCCUCUGCACAUCGCCGCCUCCAGAGGAAACCUGAGAGUCCUCGAGUGGCUCUUGCAGACGGGCGUCAGCGUGAAACAAAAGAAUGCCGCGGGCAUGACAGCCGAAGAGGUGGCUGCCUCCAAGCGCCAGUUUGAGGCCGCUUAUAUUCUGUCAAAAAAAAUGAAAAGAAUGAAGAAGCAGAGGGACUCAGGAGCCCUGGUAAUACAGGCUACAUGAACACUAUCCUGCAGUGCCUCUUCCACAUCAAGGAAGUUACCAAUCUCUUCAGCAGUGAUACGUAUAAGCAGCAUCUGGCCGGCCAAAGCAUCCACGGCAAAGUCACUGAGUCUUUCGCCGCUGUGGUAAGAGCUCUCACUUAUGGAGAAAAUUAUGGAGGUGUUCUGAAUGAUUUCAAG